AGUAAAAAACUUCCGCAUGAACGAGCUUGACAGAUGUGGCGUGGAGUGGCUGAGUUGACUGUGGUGGUGACCGUGGUGGUGACUGUGGUGGGGAAGGUUGCAACUGCAGCCUCCAUUAUCUCCCUGGCACACGAUGAGUGGGAACUUUUCAAGUUGGAAUACCAGAAGCAGUAUAGCAGCUUGGAGGAAGAAGACUACCGCAUGAAGAUCUUUUUCGAUAACAAACACAGAGUGCUGGAGCAUAAUAAACUUUAUGCACAGAACCUCACGUCUUUCAAGCUCGAAGUCAAUCAAUUUGGAGAUAUGCUACGAGAAGAGAUUGUGUCUUUAGCGAGUGGCUUUGACAAGAUGAAAACCAGUAAUGGCAGCCACAGCACUGGCGCUACUUACAUUGCUCCUGACGGUGAUGUGAAGCUUCCCUCCACCGUGGAUUGGCGUAAGAAGGGUGCCGUUACUGGUGUCAAGAGCCAGGGCCAGUGUGCUUCAGGCUGGGCAUUCUCGACUACAGGGUCACUUGAAGGUCAGCACUACCGUCGGUGGGGUCGCCUGCUGAACAUCUCAGAACAGAACCUGAUAGACUGCUGUCAUCUGUGUUAUGGCUGCCAGGGAGGUCGCAUGGACUACGCUUUCACCUACAUCUUGCAGAAUGGGGGGGAGAAGGAGAGUUAUCCCAUAAGACAAUUACAGUUUAUAGAUGACGGAAGAUUAAUUUGUUCUCUUCAAGCAGCAAGCAUUGCAAAUCGGGAUUGUAACAGUAAUACACUGCAAGAGGAAUAUGGCUUCAGCCCUUAG